AAAAGCGUCCUUGAAGUCAAUAAAAUUGAGGACAAAUGAAUGUCGGGACUAUGCCUAUAAUGACAUUUGUCGAAUGGAACGGCGUGCAGCAACACAAUGCCACAGGAUUCAAACAUGUCCACGUGGUUCUGCUGGCCUUUGGAAUUCUGUGUGUCCUUCAAGCGGUCCUUAACAUCACUCUGAGACUGGCUCACAGCGAAGCAGUUGAAAAAGGUGAGACAGGAGACAUCGGUGUAGGUGAGACAGGAGACAUCGGUGUAGGUGAGACAGGAGACUUCUCUAUCUGUCCACAGGGGUGGCUCCUGUUCGGCUCCAGUUGUUACUACGUUUCCUCACAGAGGAAGAGUUGGGACAGCAGCCGACGAGACUGUCUGCAGAGACACGCUGAUCUGGUCAUCAUCAACAGCAGACAGGAACAGGCAUUUCUCACAGGGUUCACCAAGGCAGCCUGGAUCGGAAUGUCAGACAGGGUUCAGGAGGGAAACUGGAUCUGGGUGGACGGAACACCGGUCAACAAAGACAAGCUGGAAUGGUCCCCGGGGCAGCCUGACGGCGCAUUUGGAGGCGAAGACUGUGGUGAUCUUCGUACGAUGAUCAACUUUCUUGGUUUGAAUGAUUUUAAUUGCAGUGCCAGAUCCCAGUGGAUUUGUGAGAAAGAACUCUUGUUAUGAAAUGUGUCCUCUCUUUUAUCUACUUCAAUAAAAUUAUA